UUUUCCACAUUCAUAAUCUUGUCAUCAUCAUCCGCCAUGGACCACCACCGCGCUUUACGGCGAACCGAGGUACUCACCAACCACCUGCUCCUCCGCGCGCCGCCGCGGACAAGCGUUCUGGAACCGAACAGCUGCCUGAGCUACUCCCCUCCGGAGCUUUCGAAUUCUUGUGGAUUCGACGUGAGGGAGAUGCGGAGGCUGAUGGAUGGUCACAACUUGGAUGAUCGUGACUGGUUGUUCGGUUUGAUUGUGCAGAGCAACCUCUUCAACCGAAGGGAACAUGGUGGGAGGGUUUUCGUGUCACCAGAUUUCAACCAUUCGAUGGAGCAGCAGCGAGAGAUGACGAUGAAGCGAAUCGAGUAUCUGUUGGAUCGAGGGGUUUUUGAAGGGUGGCUAACUGGUGAUGGGCCUGAACAAGAACUGAGAAAUUUGGCUCUUCAUGAGAUUAUUGGGAUGUAUGAUCACUCCCUCGCUGUUAAGCUUGGCGUUCAUAUGUUCUUGUGGGGUGGAGCAGUAAAGUUUCUGGGGACCAAGCGCCAUCAUGACAAGUGGUUGAAAUCUACUGAAAACUAUGAGAUCAAGGGCUGUUUUGCCAUGUCUGAGUUGGGCCAUGGAAGUAAUGUCCGAGGAAUUGAAACAGUCACCACUUAUGAUUCAAACACUGGAGAAUUUGUCAUCAAUACUCCAUGUGAGUCAGCUCAGAAGUAUUGGAUUGGUGGUGCAGCAAAUCAUGCCACACACACCAUAGUCUUUUCACAGCUCAUAAUAAAUGGAAGCAAUCAAGGGGUGCAUGCAUUUAUUGCCCAAAUCAGGGAUUCAGAUGGAAACAUAUGUCCAAACAUACGAAUAGCUGAUUGUGGUCACAAAAUUGGUUUAAAUGGAGUUGAUAAUGGCCGUAUUUGGUUUGACAAUGUGAGAAUACCCAGAGAAAAUUUGUUGAAUUCCGUGGCUGAUGUUUCACCAAGUGGCGAAUAUUUGAGUGCAAUAAAAAAUGCAGAUCAGAGGUUUGCAGCCUUCUUAGCCCCUUUGACCUCUGGUCGGGUAACUAUUGCUACCAGUGCUGUUUACAUCUCCAAAAUUAGCUUAGCCAUUGCUAUAAGAUAUGCAUUGACAAGGCGGGCCUUUUCUAUUACACCAAAUGGGCCUGAAGUUUUACUGCUAGAUUACCCAAGUCAUCAACGGCGUCUAUUACCUUUACUUGCAAAGGUAUAUGCAAUGAGUUUUGCUGCAAAUGAGCUCAAAAUGUUGUAUGUGAAAAGAACUCCCGAAUCAAACAAAGCAAUUCAUAUUGUUUCUAGUGCAUACAAGGCUACUUUGACAUGGAAUAAUAUGCGUACUCUUCAGGAAUGUCGUGAAGCCUGUGGAGGACAAGGCCUUAAAACUGAAAAUCGUGUUGGCCAUUUUAAGGGUGAAUUUGAUGUGCAUUCGACAUUUGAGGGGGACAACAAUGUUCUGAUGCAGCAGAUCAGCAAGGCCCUCCUUGCAGAAUACAUAGCAUGUCAGACAAAAAACAAGCCAUUUAGAGGUUUGGGAUUAGAACACAUGAACAAACCUUGGCCUGUUAUCCCAUCUCAGUUAACAAGUUCUACAAUUAGGAGCAGUGAAUUUCAGACUGAUUUGUUCCACCUAAGAGAGCGAGAUCUAUUGAGAUGUUUUGCUGCAGAGGUUUCAGAAUAUCGAUCACACGGAAAAAGCAAAGAGUCUGCCUUCAUUCAAAGUUAUCAGCUUGCAGAGGACUUGGGCAGAGCUUUCUCAGAACGAGCAAUACUGAAAACGUUCAUGGAGGCUGAGUCAACUUUACCAGCUGGUUCUUUGAAGAAUGUCUUAGGUCUGUUGAGAUCAUUGUAUGCCGUGAUUUCUAUGGAGGAAGAUGCUUCCUUUCUUCGAUAUGGAUACUUAUCAACAGAGAAUGCUUCUGCAGUGAGGAAAGAAGUGCCCAAACUCUGUGCUGAACUUCGACCGCAUGCACUUGCCUUGGUCAGUUCCUUUGGCAUUCCUGAUGCUUUUUUGAGCCCUAUUGCAUAUAACUGGGUUGAUUCAAAUUCUUGGUCUUCUGCUCAACAUUAAUACUUUAUCAAUAUCAACCUCCCCUUUAUACCAAACAACUUGGUAUAAGUAAGAAAUUAAUGAGGAGAAAGAAAAAUAAGCGGGAAUAAAUAAAUAAAUAAAUAAAGCUGAUGCAAAGUUCCUCACUGUGAUCGAGGUGUAGGGUGGUGUAUGGCGGUAUGCUUACAUUACACUUUUGUUGUUUAAUUUUUCACUUCGGUAAGAAACUCUGAAUAAUAUGUUUAAUUAUAUUAUAUGUAAUAGCGGUUGGAUAUUUGUAUGUGAUCGAUACUUUUCCCUUUAUAUUUUUACUGAAUCAUACACUUCAAUGCUUUUAAUCUAUCUUA